AUGUAUCGGUCCGGCGGCUCACGUUAUGGAGGCGAUUACAGGGGAGGUGACUAUAGGGGAGGCGACUACAGGGGAGGUGGAGGCGGGUACCAGACUUCCGCUCGGCUUUACGUUGGUCGUCUCUCCACGCGGACUCGCACUCGAGAUCUCGAGUCGCUUUUCGGGAAAUACGGAAGGAUUCGUGACGUGGACAUGAAGCGUGACUAUGCGUUCAUUGAAUUCAGCGACUCGAGGGAUGCUGAAGAUGCCGCCCAUUAUCUGAACGGCAAGGACGUGGACGGCAGCCACAUCAUCGUGGAGUUCACCCGCAGGGGUCCGCGUGGGCAGGGCUUUGGGGGUCCGCCGGGGCCGCGCAUGGGGGGGAUGGGCAUCACGCAGGGGCGCUGCUACAACUGCGGCAAGGACGGCCACUGGGCGCGCGACUGCCGCAACGGCGAUUGGGGCGGCAAGUGCUACCGGUGCGGCGAGCGCGGGCACAUUGAGAGGGACUGCCGGAACAGCCCGGCUCAGAGUGCUAUCGGUGCGGGGAGCGCGGGCACAUUCAGCGGGACUGCCGGAACAGCCCGGCUCAGAGGUAUCGGUCUCGCAGCCGCAGCCGCUCCCGCAGCCCUCGCCGCGGGCGUGACCGGCGCAGCCGCAGCAACAGCAAGGACAGGGACGAGCGCAGCAAGAGCCGCAGCCGGAGCAGGAGCCGCAGCCGCAGCCGCAGCAACGACCGCGCCAAGGACCGCAGCAGGAGCAGGAGCAACGAGCGCGGGAAGGAUCGGGAGAAUGGGAAGAAGGCCGGAAGCCGCAGCCCCUCGCGCAGCCGCAGCCGCAGCAGGAGCGCGAGCAAGGAGAGGAGGAACAGCCGGAGCCCCAGUGCAGAGAAGAAGGAAGAGAAGAGUCCUAGGCGGAGCAGGAGUGCGAGUAAGGAGAGGAGCAAGAGCAGGAGUAAGAGCCCUGCCAGGAGGAGUGCUAGCCCUGCCAGGAGGAGUGCUAGUCCUGCCAGGAGGAGUGCUAGUCCUGCCAGGAGGAGUGCUAGUCCUGCCAGGAGGAGUGCUAGUCCUGCCAGGAGUGCUAGCCCUCGUGAUGGUGGGUCACCUCAGAGACGGACUUGCCGCACAAACCCCUUCCCGCCGUUUUGUGCUUGCUGAAACCGGCUCGACGAUUCUUGGUUCUUAA